CAAAAUACAUGCAGUCCUGUGUGUAGUGCCAGCCAGAGACUGCGUUUGCUUGAUGGACAACGCUGGUGCCGCGGAUAGAGCACCGCUUAUCGAUGGAAAGGCGACUCGUUCCUGGCGGCGGGUGGCCUUGAUGAGCCUAGUCGGGGCCAUGGGGUUUGGCCUUGCACUCAUGGUUGUCCUGUCGUCGACGUCUCCCACCAACGGUGCCAGUACGGCGCAGACAAGUCCUGUCCUUACGAAGAACCCCAUCAUUGGUAUCCACGCACACGAGUCCCUCUUCCACGACGAGUUCAUCGCGUCGUCGUACGUCAAAUGGGUCGAGAGUGCGGGAGGUCGCGCUGUGCGCAUCCCGUACGACGCGCCAAAGGAGCAGUUGCUCGAGCUGCUGUCAAGUAUCAACGGCAUUCUCUUUCCCGGGGGCUACGGCGACCCCACCGAGAGCGCGGCGUUCAUGUACAACUACGCGAUUGCCCAGAACGCGAACGGGACGUACUUUCCGCUGUGGGGCACUUGCCUAGGCCUUGAGUGGCUCGUCAAGCUUACUUCGCAGGUCAACGACACGUCCAUCUUGGAUCGCGUGGACGCGCGCAACGUAACCUCCACGCUCACGUUCUUGGACAACGCAUUGGACACGAGUCGUCUCUUUGGCUUUAAUCGCGUGACCUUUGCACCCCUCGAGACAAAGGCACUGUCUUUCAACUACCACCAGUGGGCCAUCACGCUCGAUCACUUCAUGGCCACGCCGGCGUUGCGGUCGUUCUAUCGCGUGUUGGCCACGUCGGUGGACCGAAGGGGCGCGGUGUACGUGGCCGCGCUGGAAGCCACCAGGUACCCGAUCUACGGCAUCCAGUUCCACCCCGAGAAGACCCCGUACGAGUUUGGGCUCAACAAACACGACCAUCGGCCGCAUUAUGCGAUUGACCACAGCUACGAAGCCAUCGUGGCAUCCCAAACGUUUGCGCAUUUCUUUAUUCACGAAGCCAAGAAGAACGCCCAUGCGUUUCCAAGCAUUGCAGGUGAAAGCCAAGCUCUGUUGUACAACACCCCGUCGUCCAACCGAUCGUACCCGUCAUAUGAAGAAGUGCUCGUGUUUUCAAGCCAAAACCAGUCUUAACUAUAGACUUUUGUUACGACUCAUAUGGAGGGAACGUCUGUAGUGUAGCUGUUCUAGCAGCCACAGUUACUGUACGGCAUAGGAUAACGUUACAGUCUGUAGUGCA